AUGGCUUCCAAGCAAAGCCAUAGCUUUCUUAGGUUUGUGUUUUUUGUUGGUUUAGUUGUAAUUGCAAAGGCAAAUGAACCCUCUAAACACCCAAUUGAUGUUGUGAGAAGAAGCAGCUUUCCCAAAGGUUUUGUUUUUGGCUCAUCAUCAGCUGCAUAUCAGUUUGAAGGUGCUGCUUUUGAAGAUGGUAAAGGACCAAGUAUUUGGGAUAACUUCACUCACCAACACCCAGAGAAAAUUUAUGAUCAUAGUAAUGGAGAUGUUGCCCUUGAUCAAUACCAUCGCUAUAAGGAAGAUGUUGCCCUUAUGAAGAAAAUUGGUUUUGAUGCUUACCGAUUCUCAAUCUCUUGGUCUAGAGUUUUGCCAAAGGGAAAACUUAGUGGCAGUGUGAACAAAAAAGAAAUUGAAUACUACGACAACCUCAUCAAUGAAUUACUUGCAAAGGGCAUCCAACCCUAUGUGACACUUUUUCAUUGGGAUACUCCCCAAGUUUUAGAAGAUGAAUAUGGAGGGUUUUUGGGAAAUCAAAUUGUGAAUGACUUUCGAGACUUUGCCAAACUUUGCUUCAAAGAGUUCGGAGAUAGAGUGAAGCAUUGGAUCACCUUAAAUGAGCCAUGGAGCUUUUGCAUGGGAGGCUAUGCCCAAGGAGCUAAUGCCCCGGGUAGAUGUUCUUCUUGGCAACCAUUUAAUUGUCUUGGUAGAAAUUUUAGUAUUGAACCGUACAUUGUUGGUCAUAAUCAAAUUCUUGCUCAUGCUGCUGCCAUCGAAGUGUACAAAACCAAAUAUCAGGCUCAUAAAAGAGGUGUGAUUGGUAUUACAUUAGUGUCAAUUUGGUAUACUCCAUAUUCAAAUAGUGAGGCAGAUAAAAAGGCCGCAAUUCGAGCUCUUGAUUUUGCUCUUGGCAGGUUCUUGCAUCCUCUAACCUAUGGAGAUUAUCCACCUAUUAUGAGGGAACUUGUGAAGGAGAGAUUGACCAAAUUUAAAAGGGAAGAAGUUGCCCUAAUUAAAGGGUCCUUUGAUUUCCUUGGAUUAAAUUACUACACUGCUAAUUCUGCAAAAGAUAAUCCCAAAGCACCUGGUCCACAACCAAGUUACUUGACAGAUUAUCGUGCUGAUCUUACAACUGAUUGCAAUGGAGUCUCAAUUGGUCCGAGGUUUAAUGUAACUUCUUGGCUAGCGGUUUAUCCUCAAGGCUUUAGAGAUCUAUUGAUCUACACAACGACCAACUACAACGAUCCAAUUAUCUAUAUCACAGAGAAUGGAUACCUUGAUAUUGAAGGUCCCCCACUUAAGGAAAUGAUCAUGGAUAGGCAUAGAGUGAGAUACCAUCACUAUCAUUUGAUGGCUCUUAAAGAAGCAAUAAAGGCUGGCGUAAGGGUGAAAGGAUACUUUGCAUGGUCAUUGAUGGAUAACUUUGAAUGGGCAAGCGGAUACGUGGUUCGUUUCGGCCUCACUUAUAUUGACUAUAAAAACAAUUUGAAGAGAAUUCCGAAGCUUUCUGCCAAAUGGUUCGAAAAUUUCCUCAAAACUUGA